ACAGCCUUUCCAGUUCGGGACCGCCCCAAUAUGGCGCCCAAAAAACGUGGUGUAACAGACAGCUUGUCCAAAGCGGACAGUGAAGAGAUCAUGGAGAGUUGGGGAUUGGAAUUAGGCUCUAGCGACGACGACGCACCCGAUGAGGUCACCUUUGAGGAUUCUAAGGCCCAGGCGCUCCGCAGCGUCAAACAGGCCCUGGAAAAUGGUCGAAGGGAGAAGGACCUGCUGAAGGAGAAGAGGAAGAAGAGGUUGGAACUGUUCCAGGAGCAGAAGAAGAGAAAACUUAUUUCUGCCAAACUUUUGGAGGAAAUCGACUCGUCACAGCAGAGCCAGCAAGAAGCUGACACGAGGCAUCAAGAUGAGGAUGAAGAUCAGAAGGAAAAAACAAAGCAAAAACUGAAACACUCCAGAAUGCUGAAGGGGAACUACGAAGUGACGACAGUGAAACCUCCAACACUGGCGUCUUCUCAGCAGAAGGCGGCCGAGGAUUUCCUCCAUUCGCGGCUUUAUGGCGCGGGAAGUUGCCGUACCACCACCAACGAGAUGCUGUCCCUUCAAAAUAAGACGGCGAGGACCAAAGGCGCAGCCUUUUGCUUUGUCAAGAGCAAUUGGGCUCCCGAGCGAAAGAGCAAAGCGGAGAACCUGAAGCGACGCUGGAUACACAAGCAGGUUCCCUCUAGCUGAUCGGACCCCUGCAAAGACGCCUACUCGCCGUGCCAGGAUGCUAAACACUGUUGUCCGUUGAAAGCGAGUCCACCCCGAGACUAAAUGUUGUCCACUUUCCGUCUUGAGUGAUGACCAAUCACGGACAAGCAUUAUUUUGCAUGAGGACAGUGUUGCCAUGGCACCCGGACUUCUGUCGACAUGUCAUUGGGACAAGUGGCCGAUGGCAAGGAAUUGUGGGUAAUUUGUCACGUUAUCUUUGGACAUACCUUUUUAUGUUGCGAUUAAAAUCGUUUUUCCUCGAUUGCUCCUGUCAUUUGGCUCGCAGAAGCGCUGGCGUCUAUCUCGGCUGCUUUUGAAUGAGACAAGUGGUGUAAUCCUCGGAAUGACAUGAAGAGCAAGAGACUGGUCGCCAGCAAGUGUCUGUGCAGGUCAAGAUAAUACACAAUGGCCUGUCCGCCAGUCCGUGUGUGUAUAAACAAUGAAUUAGUUGCAAGCCAAGGUCACAUGUUGGUGAAAAACAGAGCUGUCACGUUAUUGUAUAGAUAAACAGAUUGGUCGCCGGUACAGCUAUCAUCAUGCAAUUUUUUUUUCUUCAAUUUUGAUGAUUGAUUUGCACAUGUGCAUAGCCUGUGUCAUGUUAGAAGGCAGAGAAGAAAUCAUGCACUGCAGGCAAUUAUAAAAAUUAUGAAUAAACAUUGAAUUAAAUUAUGAACAUACCGGUAUGAUGUUGGCUAAACGUAAAAAAAAUAAAUUGCUUCUUUUGCUUGCGCAAGUCAACACACUGUUUGUCCUACAAGUAUGUUCCAACGUACUUGCAAAUGUGCUCAAAUGUAUUUCCUAGUCAAAAAUAUUUGCUCUUCAUUGGCAGUUCCACCCUUCCCUAAGUAUAUGCUUGUCAUUAGUCUUAUUUAAUUCUUGGCUGUAUUUUUGUUUCAAUCACCUCAAUUUUGCUGCAUCUGCAAAACGGAAUGUGACCAUAAAGGCUAUCUGUUCUAUUUUA